AUGAGUGAUAAAUUAUUCCGUCUCGAAGAUUCAUUGCAUAAUAAUACUUCUGUAUCCAUUAAUGAUGGUAAUAUUAAUAGCGGUGACUCUUCUUUAAAUCCAAAUUCCCACCAUUCUUCACGGAGUUAUUCUAACGAUCAUGGUUCAGAAUCUGGAUUGUUGGAAGAUUGUGACCGGGAUUUCGUUACUAAACCAGUAGUAACAAGACCCACAUUAGGUGACAAGCGUAACAGUACUGCAACUGGAAGUAGUAGCAGCGGCAUUGGUACAAUGCCAGGUGGGACUAAUCGCACUGGAUCCAACAUCAUAGCUUUAAGUGGCUACGAGAAGGACAAAUUUUCACUAACUUCUCGUGAAAGCGAGAAACAAUUAAAAAUGCCUGUUGUUACUCAAGACCAUUCAAAUGAUAGUCAGAAUAAAUCUAGAGAAUUAUACCGUACUCAACUAACCGAUUCACAAUUAAUGAGACGUAAAACAUACGGAAAUACGCGUUCUAGCAGUCCUACAGUUAGUACAGAUACCAACUCCGAAACUCAUGUUCCAAAUGAAAAUUGUAAUGAUCAGUCUGCCUUAUCAAGGUCAAGAAAACGAGCAAGAAGUGAAGUCCCUAAAAUGGGAUCUACUGGUUCAAAUAAUUUAUCAUCGAAUCCUUUACUCAGAUCGGUUAAUGAUGACCAAGAAGACAGUGAAGACGGCGAACGAGUUGCUUUGAAUAAAGGUAAUUCACGUUCAGAUAUUGAAGAAGAUGGAUUCCAUACUGGAAAUGACUUCGACGUAGGCAUUCGUAGUAGACACCGUCGUCAAACGUAUCAACUAAACAACCGUCAGAGAGACUCAUCUCUAGGUCGGUAUACACGAUCGACAGCGUAUGGUUCUUCAGGAGGCACAUUGCCUCGUCGUCAGCGUAUGACAGGGAGUCUAACUCGGGCUACCACAAUCAGUGGUGUUGAUCCACAUGGGACUUUAAGAUCAGCAUGUAGGCUUGCUCACUCUAUUCGUGCUGGUAUUAUUCCACCUCCACCAUCAGAACCUCCUCCUGCUACACCACUCUCUGGUUCGUUGGUAUCUGAAUUAGAAUCUAUUGGACCAAAUGCAGUUACUGGUUUGAUAAAUCCAUUCGCAUUACAGCUGCAUAAUUCACAACAACAACAGCAACAGGUUUUAGCAGCAGCUGUUGCAGCAGCCGGUGGAUUUUCACAAGUCCUAUCAGGUGUCAAUCAGAAUAAUCUAACCAACUCUUAUAUGCUUAGUCCUGCUCUAUUGAAUGCUGAGACUAAUAAAUUACUUCAAUUACAACAAGCUAAACUAAUAGCUCAACAUCAAGUUGGUUUAGUGGAACAACAAUUACGUCAGCAACAGCAGCAGCAACACCAACAACAGCAACAACACCAACAACAACUUUUAGCUGCUGCUGUGGCUGCCAACAGUUUAAUGCAAAAUCCCACAAUAAAUGGUCAUACUCUAUCAAAUGGAUCAUAUCUUCAAGGUUUCGGUACAUAUGGUCGUACAUCACGACCUGGUUCAACAAUCCCACCUUCUAUGCAGUCAUAUUUAUCCCCAGGAAAUUUAUUAGCUGUUCAGCAACAACAGCAAUUAGAAGCAAAUCAAUUAUUAUUAUUAAACGAUGCAAAUGUACAAAUGUCGACAUUGAAUUUCACCGGCUCUCCAUCUGUGAAUUUAUUGAAUUCAGAAUUAAAUGAAGCAACCAGUAUAAGCAAAUCAUCCGCAGACUGUGGUGGUGGAGGUGGAGGAUCAGGUUCAGUGGUUUAUGAGAACUCAUACAGCUCAUUCAAUAAACUUUUGACAAACAGUGUUCUGCCUGACUCAUCUCUAUGUCAACCCGGUUUACAAUCAUUUAUUUCUACUAAUGGAUCAAAUCCGAAUGAUGCAAUUUAUAUAGGGAAUUCACAAAAUGUAUCAAUCAUGAAUGGUACGAUCGGGCAUGAUAAUAAUACAGCUCCUCCACUGGUCCAAACAUUUAUAUCUUCUGUACAACAAUCACAGCAACAACAGGGUCGUUCAAAUAAUCCCGGGCUAAUUGACUCUACUAGAAAUAUUGAACCAACUUAUUCCACUACAAAUGAUGCUUUACGUGCCAAAUCAAAGUCUCAUUCAGAUUCAGUGGUUGUUGUUGAAAGGAAAUCUAAACACCAUUGUCCAUGGUAUUACUGGAUUAUUAGCAUAUUGAUAUUAGCCUUCCUUCUCGCACUUGUACUGGCUGUAUCCUUUUCAGAGGAGAAGAAACGUUUAGACCAUCGGUUACAAGAACGAUUUGCUCAAGAUCCUGCGAUUAUAGGUCUUUUCGAUCCUAACUCACCUCCAUAUAUUUUAGAAGCAAAUAAGCCUAUAAAUAUCGUUCUAGAGCCAAUGAAAUCAUGGUCAGGUCAGUGGCAUAUGCCCACAGCGCGUUAUAUACGCUAUAAUAUUACAGUAUCUUCGUUAGCCUCAUCAGUUGGUGUAUUUAUGCGUCACAACACAAUGCCAACCAUUAUACAUUAUGAUAUAUUUGAUAGAAUAACUGGGCACAAUUUAUUAGCAAAUUCUGGUCGACAAGAAUUAGGCAGUCGUACAAAACGUGCCACUCAAUCAACUAACCGAAAUUCAAAGUCUUUAAUUCAUAUAGGUUCUAAAGAUGAAUUACGUGAAACUGGGCGUUUGCAUUAUUUAGAUGAAGGGAUUUGGUUUCUGGCUUUGGUUAACGAUCAACCUCGACGUGAACCAAUCAAAUUCGCUAUCGGUGAUGCAGUAAUGCGACGAGGUUGUCCAAAUGAUUGCAGUAAUCGUGGUGUGUGUGAUGGUGGUGUUUGCGAUUGUGUGAAUGGAUUCAAAGGUCCAGAUUGUUCGAUAGCUGAGUUACCAAAAGUCUGUGGUGGGCAUGGUGAUUACGCAUCUGGUGCUUGUCGAUGUUAUCCUGAAUGGAAAGGUCAAGAGUGUCAGACAUUAUGGUCUGAAUGUGAAGAUCCUACCUGUUCAGGUAAUGGUCGUUGUGUAGUUGGUGAAUGUCAGUGUUAUGAAGGUUAUGCUGGGAAUUUGUGCCAGACACGAACGUGUAUCUCUUUUAAUUGUUCUGGACAUGGAGUUUGUAUGAAUGGAAAUUGUCGAUGCUUCAAUGGUUGGUCUGGUAUCGGUUGUGAGCUACCCGUACCUAAUCAAUUAAUAAAUUCUGAACUAGUUCAUCCGUCAAAUGGAGCAUCUACAUCUGACAAUACGGGUAAUGGAAAAAAAAUAAAUAAUAAUAACAACAAAAUGUCUAGCCGAUUAAUGAUGAAGUCAAUGUCUUCUCCUUCUUCAUCAUCUGUACGAGCGAUGGGAUUAUCAUCCGCACCUGUUAGGUUGUUGUUAGAUGCAGCAUCAGAACAAGAAUGCACACUCGAUUGUAGUUCCCACGGUGUAUGUGAAUAUAUGGAUGGUUAUGAUCAGCCUGUAUGCCGAUGUUUUUCUGGUUGGACAGGUUCCGAUUGCAACACAAAACGAUGCGAUACUCGUUGUUUUAUAAAUGGACAUUGUACUAAUGGUACAUGUAUUUGUAAUGUCGGUUGGAAUGGAAAAUACUGUACAUUAGAUGGUUGCCCAGAUCAUUGUAAUGGACACGGUCAAUGCAUCAUGAAUUCAUUGACUAAUUUUUAUUAUUGUCAAUGUUCUCCCGGUUGGUCAGGUAGUGCGUGUCAACGACAAAUCGAAACAAUAUGUGAUGAUGGAAUAGAUAAUGAUCAUGAUGAUCUUGCUGAUUGUUUAGAUCCCGAUUGCUGUACAUCGACAUACUGUGACCGACUCAUUAAACUUGGUCCAAAUGCUGGUGGUCUAGCUGCUGAUAACGCUCAACAAAGUUGUGCACAUAGUGAAUCAUUUGAUUAUUAUUUAUUAAUUACGCCGAUUGCACCAUUGGACAGUGCAUUUUAUGGCCAAUUAGAAUUCCUUCUAAGACGUGAACGCAUUGUUGUAGAGAACUUCGAUCCCAGACGUAUUUCCGUUGUUCGUGGUGUGGUUCGUCAAUGGGAUGGAACUGUAUUUUGGGGUUGUCGUGUAUCCGAUCGAGCUAAUAUGCAAAAUGGAUAUACACUAACUGAUAAGAAUGGAAGAUUUGACUUACCAGUUGAUGGGGGAACCAUUGUUCAGUUAGAAUUCCUACGGUAUCCGACUGAUCAAUUUUCAGCCAUACAUAAUUUAUAUGUCCCUGUUAAUCAAAUUGUCAAUAUGGGUGAUUUUUAUAUGUAUGAUGCUAAACAAUUAUCGAAUAAUAACCUACCCACAACAAUAACAACGAAAACUACUACUAGUAAUAUUAUGUCAAGUGAUUUGGGGGGUACACUUGGUCCGUCACCAAUACACGGGGAUCUUUGGGUUAUGAACAGUUUUAUGCCCAAGUUCUCAGAUAAAAAUAUAGUCGUAGAAAAUUUAUGUACUAGUGGAAAUAUACAUGACAUAGUUACACUUGGUGGUCCUUAUAUACAAAGCAAUUCAUUAAUGGAUAUUUCAACUGUUUGCCUAGAUGAUCAAAAUGUAAUAUGCGUCAGAAAUGGGGCAUUGAUGUAUAAUAUUCCAAUAAAGGAUACACAACUGCGGCUUAUAUACCGUUCCGAUCGCACUUCCGGUUACAAACCUGGCAUAUCUAUCCAUUUGUUAGCAUCAAAUCGCGCUCCACCUUUGAAUUUGAAAGAAAUUCACCUAGUAAUUGAUAUUGCUGGUCAACGUCACGUGAAGCUUUUGGAACCUGAACCUGGCUUACUAAACACUUUUUACUGGAAUAAAACGGAUGGUUACAAUCGCUCUGUUUAUGGUUUGGCUGAAGCUAAAGUAUCUGUUGGUUAUGUAUACACGAACUGUCCACGUAUUUUCUGGGAAUAUCGAGCUGUUCAACUACCCGGAAAUGAACUAAUCAGUUCAGAUUUAGCUAAUUGGAAUUUAAAUAUUUUACAUACAUAUGCGGUUAGCCAUGGGAUUAUUUAUCGCGGUGAUGGUUCACAUUUCUACUUGAAACAAACAGACUGGCAUAUUAGUGCAGUCAUCGGACUAACUGAACAACGUCGACCGCCAAACGACUGUAGUCAGUGUUCAAUUAAUGAUAAACCAACUCGACAAUUAUCUCUGCGUAAUCCAUACUGUUUACUAACUGAUUCAGUUGGCAAUCUUCUCAUUGGAGAUGGGGGAUUUUUACGUUGGUUAAAUUCAACUAAAUCAGCCGAGGAGUACAAGUCUUCAUCAGUGUUAUCGUCUUCCUUACAAUCCUCACUAUCUUUUAGAACGCCACUGAUAAGAUCAGAUUCACUAAACAGUCCAUUUCAAGAACAAUUGAAACGUAAUGAUCGUAGAAGAUGGGAAACAAUAAUUGAUUACAAGCUUGACUUUCUUCAGUCUAAUUUUGAUGAAGAUCAGUUAACAAACUAUUUUAUUACUGUUCAUCCAAAUUAUGUAUAUCGUACAAAUGAUUACUCUAUGGUAACAUUAUUAGGGAACAGUGGAAAUGUUGGUGGAGCGGACCUUUCAAAUGGAUUAUUCCUGUCACACACGAGUAGUAAAACCAUAUGGUGGCUAAAAACUACACCAAAUUUAUCAGCACGCUUACUUAUUGGAGAAGAUUGCCAAUCGCCAAGCUCUAAAUCUAACAUUAAUUCUGAAUCAUCGUCGUCAACAGCAUUCAACUACCAAGAGUUCUGUAUUAAACAGAAUUUAAAAUCCCCUAAAGGAAUUGUCGCUACACAAACGGAAUUGUAUUUUAUUGAUUCUCAAUCUAUUUGGUCAUUGCCGUUACGGCAAACUGGUUCUAAUACAAUCCCAUUUUCCCGACUUGUAAUUGGAAGUGAUCCAAAUUAUUCAUCGAAUGCAAAGUCACUUAACACUACCUCAGGGACCAGUAUUCCAAAAACAACUCCAUCUUCAUCGACACCACCUUGUGAUCGAUCUGUCCCAGGAAAUCAGAUGUUGUUAAAUAAUCCUGAACACUUGGCAUUUAGUACCUUAGAGCAAACAUUAUACUUCUCUGAUAACGACCAUGUUUAUCGUUACCAUUUAGUCAAUCAAAUGGUAUCGUUAGCAGCUGGACGCCUUAAAGGCUGUCCUAUUAAAACAGAUGAUUGGAGUUUUGCUCCACUGGCAACACAAGUUGAAUUAGGCGAUAUUCGUGGUCUCAGUGUAUCACCUCAAGGUGAUUUGUUUAUCGCGGGACCUCAGCAUAUAUGGAUCCGUCGGUCGAAUGAUAAUCGCAUGUAUCCUAUUGCUGGAAUUCAUCCUAGUCAACCUAGACAGUUCAAGGAAGAUGUGAAUAAUUCGAAGAAACGUCAUCCUAGCACUGAUGAAAGUGUUAUAGAUUUAGGAUUAGUCAAUGAAUUUUCAUUUAACAGUAUUAGCAGUAUAACUGUCAGUUUAUUUGGUGAACUGUUUGUAGCCGAUAAUUCACAUAACAGAGUAUAUCGUGUACAUUAUCAAUUGCCGGAAAAGUCUGAAACAGGCAACACUUAUCGUAUACUAUACUCACAAACAGAUGAAAUCGAUUCAUUCGGUUCUUAUGGCCAGUUGAUUUCCACUGAGAGUGCUUCUACUCAAAUGAUAUCGCAUAGACUGGAUUAUCGUAAUAAUGAAAUAAGCGGUUGGCUUUCACAAAUUCGUGGUGAUGAUCAUAGUAUUAAAUUAAGUAUACAUCGUGAUACACAUGGAAAUCUUUUACGCCUUCAAACGCCAACAGGUCAUCUGUACAAUGUAACACUGGAACCUGGUUCUGGACAACGCAUUAGUACUCUUGUUGAUCCAGUUAACGGAGGUCUUUGGAAAUUUCUUUAUUCAUUCGACGGUCUCUUAACUUACUUAAAAAAUCCACAGGAUUCAAGUUAUACACAAUUUCACUAUGCUCCUGAAUCAGGUCGUUUGUUACAAAUUACAUAUCCGAAUGCUAAAUCCAUUGAUGUAACUCGUAUUGUCAGGAGUCAAAUCCCUGUGAAUAUGAGAUUUCAUACUUUGGAUGAAGUUUCGAAUCAAGAUAAUACACCUAAAAGUGAUUCAACAAAUACUCCUGAUCAGUUGUCCACAGUAAUCAUGAUACAAACUACGGAUUCGAAUAAACAUGAAAUGGAAAUCGACUAUGGCGAUUCAAAUAAUCUUUGGAGAGUUCGUCUAGCUCAAGUUUAUCAAAUUCGAAAGGAUUUAUGCUCACCAGUACAAUUGGUUCGACAAAUCACGAUACCUGGGAAUAACAUAAGAAAUGCUAUUGAACAUACAAAUGUAUGGACAUAUCAUUUGAAUGAUCAAAGUAAUCCAAGAAUACUUGAUACUCAUACUUCAAUAGGUGGUGGAGGAUAUUCAGAUUUUGGCGUAAAUUUUGAUAAGAAGUCACAACCAUAUCACUUUUUUAAGAAUCGUUUUCGACGUAGUUUUUCGGCACAAAAUUAUCGAUCUGGAUCAGAUUUACAUCGUUCGAAACAUCAAAUGUCCCAUCCUUUUUCUAAGAGGUUUACUACUCGGUCUAUUUUUAAUUAUAAUGACAAGAAUUAUAAUAAUCUUGGUGAAGAAGUAGACUGGCAUUAUCAGAAGACCUUGACAGCGAAUGGCCAAAAUCUGCUCAAUGUUAAUUUUAACUGGGCACUACAAUUAGAAACUUAUCAACACGCUUCAACUGGACACAUUCUUUUGCAAAUCGUAUAUAAUGCGAAUUUUCAACCGAUGAUUUUUAAUGCUUCUGCAACUUACUUACAAUCGACGGGAGCACAUGAAAUGUUUUAUCCAACAAAAGCAGAUUAUAUACGACCAGCUACAUUGAUACUUGCAUAUACAAAGACUGGACAUUUAAGUGCAGUUGAGUGGGGAAAUGCAAGUUAUCAUUUUUCCUAUGAUGUUCUGAAUCGAUUGAAAGCAGCCGAUUUAGGAAGACCUGCAGAUACUUUAUCAUUUCAAUAUGGAAUCCAAAAUAUUCCAUUUCAGCCAACAAUGGUUUCUGUGAGUGGAUCAGGUCUCUACACAUUACUUUAUUCUGAUAGCUUUAUUGGGUCCAGUGAACAUCAAGAAGCUAGUUCAUUAUCAUCAUCAAAAUCAGACUAUAUGGGUCUCUCUGGAGUUAUCACUCCAACCGGUCUUAGACGUCAGUUUACUCGAAUCAACGGAAUAAAAGUUAAUCGUUUGAUGUUUACACCAUGGCUAGACUCACCCGGUUCCUGGGUCUAUGAAUGGGGAAGUGAUGUUGGCAGCUCUAUGAAAUUAUCAUCAGAUCAUUCACACUUGCUUCGUUUCAUAUGGCCAAGUAGUUAUAGGCGUAUAUCAAUAUUUCCUAAACAAAAUUUGGUAAUUUACGAUAAAACAUCAGUUCGAUGGGAUUCUAACGGUUUGAAACAACCAGUUAAUAUAUUAACUGCUCCACUUGUACAGUUGACGGAUACUGCAUCUGGUUUUCGGUUACAGUAUCAGCGUAUCUUUCAAGGAAGUUUAUUACAAUCUUGGCAUAUAAAUCAACGACUACCAGGUGUAAAAACUGUCCAUCCUAAUCUUGGGGGAAUCCUGAAUGCUAAAUUCACUUAUGGUUACGACUUAAAUAUGAAUCUUGUAAGUAUUCAUACAUCAUUGUUUAUAAGAAAUAAUGAAGAUUUCGGUAAUACAAUUAAUUCUGAUGAUAAAACAGUAUUGAAUGAAGAAUCAUCGAUCCGAUUAGAUUCAUUAACUGGUCGUGUAUUGACUAUGAAUGAAUUCACUAUCAAUCAUCAAUCCUCCUCAUUGCAUAUAACUUAUAAUUUAAAAAAUAUACAACUUUAUCGUCAAUGGGAUGAUCGUCAACGUAUUAUACAAUGCGUAUUGCAUUCACUUAACAACAGACGUGAAUUGUUAUAUAACUUGUCAUUAUCAUAUCAACCAAACGCUUUACAAGCCUUACAACAACGUGAAGAACGUGAAGGUCAAGUACCACGAUGGAUCACAUAUGUACAUGGUCCAGGUGGACGUUUAGAGGCUGUGGACCGUGAAGAAGCUGGUACAAGUUUAAGAUCACAUAGCCAGUUGAUUUACAAUGCUGAAGGUCGAAUAGCGCAUCUUCGUAUAGCUACAUCAGAUCCUCAGCUACCAUCGAAUGAGCGAUCAGAGUCUGGAUCAACAAGUCGUUCAGAAGAACUACAGUUCAUUUAUGACUCAAGAGGUUUAUUGACAAGACGAGGCAACUGGUACUAUAGUUUCGAUGAAGAUGGAUUCCUGAUAAAACGCCAUUUUCACAAUUUUUAUAUUACAGAUCAAUUUGCUUACAAUAGUAAAGGAUUGCUGAUAUGGGCCGAGCGUGCAGUUGACAAAAGUGUUGAUUCAUCGUCCACUGACAAUUUUCAUUCAACAUCAUCGUCAUCAUCACCAUUGGAUCAAUGGGCUUUAGAAGAUGACGCUGGUUUAAAGCGUUCUUACUCAGUUCAAUUCAUUUAUGAUUCUGAAGAUCGGUUGAUAAUUGUGCGUGAUACUUUAAUUGUACGGGAUUCAGUUCAAUAUUUCUACGCUGAUCCCAAACACCCUACACGUGUAACACAUAUUUUUAAUCAUGGACGUUUGAAAACUAUCCGAUUGUUAUACGACCCUAUACAUGGUCAUGUAUUUGCUUUAGAACAAUAUGAUAAUGGUGGUUUAAAUACAAAUAACGGUAAAAGAAGCCAUCUGAAUGCUAAUAGUAUUCCAUCUCCAAUGAACUCCUUCGAUGAUAAUCAGUUUCAUCAUGAUUCUACUAAUUCGGCACAAAAACGUGUAUUUUUCAUAAUUACUAACCAUGAAGGUAGUCCAACUGCGGCAUUUUCCGAGAAUGGAAAGUUGGCAUGGGCUGCUGAAUACUCCGCUACAGGAAGUCGACGUCUAACAUUAUCUAGCCGCAACAAUUUCUUCACACGUGCCCUUAUUGAAGAAGUUGAUUUACCAUUGGGUCAGGCCUCGUGCAUUACCGAUUUUCAUACUGGAUUUCUUUUCUGUCCACCAACUAGUCGUGCAUAUGAUCCUCUCGGUGCAACAUUUACUAGUCCGGAUUGGCGAGGCCUUAUUUCCACUCGACUUUCGAAUGUUAAACGUGAUCCAUCAGUAUUAGAUACUCACAAAUGGGGUCUGACUGAACAAGAAGCGUUAGGAACUGGCCCGAAUGGUCUAUUUGCAGAACUUCGUAAAGCUAUGACAUCACCUAUUUGGUGGCUUAAACAAGUUGGUUUCAAUCUGGACAAUUUUCUGACAAAGUUUGAUACGUUUGAAGGAAAGGUGGAUAGCAGUAAAAACUCACUCAAAAAUUCAUUGCCUUUAUUUCCAAUUGAUAUGACAUCUAUUCAUUCAUUUGAUUGUAUUCAUAACCAAGGUUAUAAACAGUUAAACAGCAAAUUUGAGCAUCUCAGUAUGCUGAAGUCUAAUCAGUUAACUCCUGGUGGACCACAUGGUAGUGGACUAUCAAGCUUUCUUCUUGACUCAACAGAUGUUAAUGAUGAAAUGUCUUUGCCUCUGUUACCCCCAAACACAAUGUUCGGACCUGAAGUCGGUUAUGUAGUUGACGAUGAUACUGGAUAUGUUAAAGUUAUCUCCAUCAACCAAUCCCAGCCAACCAAGACCCACUUUCAAGAUGUAUCAAUCGACGGUACACUAGAAACAAAACUCGCUUCUAUACUUGUAUCAGAUACAAACGUUGUAGAUUGGUGGAGUUACUCGAAAUCAUCCUUCCCUUUCUCUCCAUCAUCAUCGUCAACAACAACAACACAAACAGCAGUACCACAGCUCAGUACAACACUAUUCAUUCAACUAUUUCUAUCAACUAGAAAAGAUUUUCAUUCUACUGUAAAACAAUUAACUACAUUAGGUUUCCAACUACCAAUGUAUGAUCGUGUUAAUGGUAUCAAUUUAACAAUAAUGAAUACAGAUGAAAAAUAUAAAGAAAUAUGGAUUACACGAUAUAAUUUACAGUGGAGAAUAAGAUAUUUCAAUUCACCAUAUCCAUUAUCACCCACGACAGCAUGGUCUGUUCUAAUCAAUUCAACUAUUGAUGAUGCUAAAAGACGUGGAAAAACAUCAGCUUGGUUGAAUGAAGUUAAAUUAAUUCAGCAAUUCAUCCCAACACUCAAACCAACAUCAAAAAUCGACCAUCUUAAUAUCAAUCAAAAUGAUUUUGUCUAUCAUAAACUAACAUCAAAGUAUGUUUUGGGAUUUAAUUACCCAUGGAAUAGCCACGAACUCAGCGAAUUAGUACAAAACAAUACUGUUAUGAAUUACCGUUGGAUUCCAACAAUAGAUUUUCUACAAUACUCAUCUCCCUCAUUAUCCUCUGACACUUCUGCAUUAUGUAGGCUAUAUGACCAUUCGAGCAUGUAUCAGAUACGACCAAAGGAAUUAAAUAAGCACAAAGAAGAAGAUUUGCAAAAAUAA